AUGUUUACAAGGAGGUCCGUAAUACGCUUCUCCGCCGUUAUCCGACCGUGUAAUAUAAAUAGCAGCGCGGCCAUUUGUUCCACACAUAGUUUACUAGUAAACAAGCCACUUAAAACCGGAUUGAAAGGAGCUAAGAAAGCCGCCACUAAGUCGAAGCCCCAGAGAACUGGGGACAAGAAGAAGCGCAGGAAGAGGAGGGAAUCCUAUGCCAUCUACAUUUACAAAGUCCUGAAGCAGGUCCACCCAGACACUGGCGUUUGCAGCAAAGCUAUGAGCAUUAUGAACUCGUUUGUCAAUGACAUUUUCGAGAGAAUCGCCGCUGAAGCUUCCCGCCUGGCCCACUACAACAAACGUUCAACCAUCUCCAGCAGAGAAAUCAAGCACGCCGUCUCUGAGGGUACGAAGGCUGUCACCAAGUACACCUGCAGCAAGUAA